CGUGGUAUUUCAAUGCCACCGCAGAUCACUGCACAACAAGAACAGGAAGCUACGGUACAUACGCCGAAUAUAAACGAAAGUCGACGACGCACUCGCGCAAACUCAGUACAACCCAGUGAAGAUAACGGGUCACAGCCAGAUACGCCGCGCCCUCGUCGCAGCAUUCGUGGAGUAUCAGUGCCACAUGAUGUCGAUGAAACGGUCAGAAGCAACACACCUGUGCGGACCGCACGCGGAACUUCAGUGCCACCAGCGGCCACAAUUGUUACACGUCGUCGCUCAAAUUUGCUCGAAGCCAUCAACGAAAGUACACCAGUAGUGGACUCACCAUCGGCGCGUACACGUUCACGCUUACGAUUGAAUUCGGUCGAGAGCGAAUUGGACUCGUCGAUUGUGAGCGGUGGUGAGCAGGCGCCGCAAACCAAACGAAAACGCCGUUCUUCAGUAUCAAGCAGCGUUUCAGAGCAACCAACUACACCGAGCAGCAGACGUACACGACGUAGCAAUGUAGCAGCUGCUGCUCCUGCUGAAUCGGCAGAGGGUUCUACCGAAGUUGGUACACCUAGAAGCCUGCGGCGAACAACACGAAGAGUGAGUGUUAAUACAGAUAAUCUAGAUGAAACGCAACCGCUAGAA